AGCCCCCCCUCCUCCACAAUGAAGUUCACCACUGCCGUCGCCAUUGCUGCUGCCGCCACUGUUGUGGCCGCUGAGACCAACGCUCACCGCAUGGCCCGUGGUCUCCCCCCCAAGGCUCCCAUCCGCCGCUCCAAGACUGCCGCCCCCAAGGCCCAGGCUUCUGGUGGCUCUGGCGGUGACUGCAACACUGGCCCCGUCCAGUGCUGCAACUCUGUCCACAAGGCCGACGAGAGCAUCGUCCAGAAGCUCCUUGACCUCCUCGGUCUCUCUGGUAUUCCUGGAGAUACCCAGGUUGGCAUGAACUGCAGCCCUGUCUCCGUCAUCGGCUCUGGAGGCGGACAGUGCAACCAAGAACCCGUCUGCUGUGAGAACAACAACUUUAGCGGCCUCAUCAACCUCGGCUGCUCGCCCAUCAACAUCAACCUCUAAGUGCUUUAGUACUUAGCGCGUUCUCAUAGACUCGUCGCCAGUUUGGCUGCAGCGAUGUCCUCUCGUUAUCCGCCCC